AUGGACGACACGGCAAAGGCCCGCUUUGAUCUCAUCACCGAGAACCUCGCGGAGACCCUCAACCCCGAGAUCAUCGAAAGCAUUCUCGCCGAAGGCCGAAACCCGCGUAUCUACUGGGGAACCGCGACAACAGGACGUCCUCACACCGGCUACUUCGUUGCGGCAAUUAAGAUCGCCCAGUUGCUCGCUGCAGGAUGUGAAGUCGUCGUGCUUCUAGCCGAUAUACAUGCCUUCCUGGACAACUUGAAGGCUCCUCUCGAGCUUGUCGAGAACCGCGCGAAAUACUAUUCCAAGGUCAUCACGGCCAUUCUCGAGUCUGUUGGCGUGCCGACUGAAAAGCUCGAGUUUGUCCUUGGUAGCUCCUACCAGAAGUCUCCCGAAUACACAAUGGAUGUCUACAAGCUGUCAUCCCUGGUGAGUGAACACGAUGCCAAGAAGGCAGGUGCGGAGAUUGUGAAGCAGUCAGCGAAUGCGCCCUUGAGUGGUCUUCUCUACUCUAUUCUGCAGGUGCUUGAUGAGCAGCACUUGAAAGUUGAUGCUCAGCUAGGAGGCAUGGACCAGAGAAAGCUUUUCGCGGCGGCUGUGGAAUGGCUGCCCAAGAUUGGAUAUAGAAAGCGUGCGCAUCUAGUCACGCCAAUGGUUGCGGGUCUUAGCGGAGGCAAGAUGAGCUCCAGUGUCCACGACAGCAAGAUCGACCUUCUUGACCCCCCAGAUGUCAUCUUGAAGAAGAUUCGCAAGGCCGAGGCAGCCCCGAAGGUCAUCGAAGAUAACGGUGUUAUCGCCAUGGUUGAAUUUGUCCUUCUCCCUGCAGCCGGUCUGAAGGGCAAGAAAGAAUUCGUAGUGGAGCGCCGAGACGCAGAGCCCUUGGUCUACACCGAUAUUGCCAAGGUGAAGGAAGACUAUCAAAACGACGUUUUGACUCCACAAACACUAAAGCCUGCUGUCACAGCCGCCUUGACGAGCUUGAUGGCACCUAUCACGGAGGCCUACAACGCUUCGCCUGAGUGGCAGCAGAUUACCGAACAGGCCUACCCACCACCCGUCGUGGAGAAGAAGCAGAAGAAGGUCAAGAGCAAGGGCACUCGACACCCUGGGGCCAACAAGGAACAAACCCUUCCAGAACGCCCGAAGCCCGAGGCGACUGAAACCGAAACCCAAAACUGA